CCCCCCCUCCAUCACUAACCCUCCCCAAGCGCCGGACUGCAGCUGCCUUGACCAUGGCAGGGGGUCGCAGAGGUCUGGUUGCCCCCCAAAACACCUUUUUGGAGAAUAUUGUCAGGAGAUCUAAUGAUACUAAUUUUGUCUUGGGUAAUGCCCAGAUAGUGGAUUGGCCAAUUGUCUACAGCAAUGACGGGUUCUGCAAGCUAUCGGGAUACCACCGAGCUGAAGUUAUGCAAAAAAGUAGCACAUGCAGCUUUAUGUAUGGGGAGUUGACAGACAAAGAGACUAUUGAAAAAGUCCGACAGACAUUUGAGAAUUACGAGAUGAAUUCCUUUGAAAUUUUAAUGUAUAAGAAGAACCGGACACCCGUGUGGUUCUUUGUAAAAAUCGCUCCCAUUCAAAAUGAACAGGACAAAGUGGUAUUGUUUCUUUGCACUUUCAGUGACAUCACAGCCUUUAAGCAACCAAUUGAAGAUGAUUCAACAAAGGGCUGGGGUAAACUUGCACGUUUAACAAGAGCUUUGACAAGCAGCAGAGGGGUCUUACAACAGCUUGCUCCCACCGUCCAUAAAGGGGAAAAUGUACACAAACACUUCCGGCUUGCCGAGGUGCUGCAGCUUGGCUCUGAGAUUCUUCCACAAUACAAACAAGAAGCCCCGAAGACCCCUCCUCAUAUCAUUCUUCAUUACUGUGUCUUCAAAACCACCUGGGAUUGGGUCAUCUUGAUAUUAACGUUUUACACUGCUAUCCUGGUCCCUUACAACGUUUCCUUCAAAACCAAACAGAACAACGUGGCCUGGCUGGUGCUGGACAGUAUCGUGGAUGUCAUAUUUCUGGUGGACAUUGUACUAAAUUUUCACACCACCUUUGUUGGGCCUGCUGGGGAAGUCAUUUCAGACCCAAAGUUAAUAAGAAUGAACUACUUGAAGACUUGGUUUGUCAUUGAUCUCUUGUCCUGUUUGCCGUAUGAUGUCAUCAAUGCCUUUGAAAAUGUGGAUGAGGGUAUCAGCAGCCUUUUCAGUUCCUUGAAAGUGGUGAGGCUUUUACGGCUGGGACGUGUGGCGCGAAAACUGGAUCACUACAUCGAGUAUGGAGCUGCAGUCUUGGUCCUUCUGGUCUGUGUGUUCGGCUUGGCUGCCCAUUGGUUGGCUUGUAUCUGGUACAGCAUUGGCGAUUAUGAAGUCAUCAACGAGGACACAAACACCAUUAGGAAUGAGAGCUGGCUGUCUCAAUUGGGAAUGACCAUUGGAUCCCCCUACAGGUUUAAUGUUACAGGUUCUGGGAAGUGGGAAGGUGGACCAAGCAAGAAUUCUGUCUACAUCUCCUCACUGUACUUUACAAUGACCAGCCUCACUAGUGUUGGCUUUGGAAAUAUUGCACCGACAACUGAUGGAGAGAAGAUCUUUGCUGUGGCCAUGAUGAUGAUUGGAUCUCUUCUAUAUGCAACUAUUUUUGGUAAUGUGACCACCAUCUUCCAGCAAAUGUAUGCCAACACCAACCGCUACCAUGAAAUGCUGAACAGUGUGAGGGACUUCCUCAAACUUUACCAAGUGCCCAAAGGACUGAGUGAGCGUGUGAUGGAUUACAUAGUGUCUACCUGGUCCAUGUCUCGGGGGAUCGAUACUGAAAAGGUUUUGCAGAUUUGUCCUAAAGACAUGCGAGCAGAUAUCUGUGUCCACCUGAACCGCAAAGUAUUUAAAGAGCACCCUGCAUUUCGCCUAGCUAGUGAUGGGUGUCUGAGGGCGCUCGCCAUGGAGUUCCAAACCGUACAUUGUGCCCCAGGCGAUCUCAUCUACCAUGCCGGGGAGAGUAUAGACACCCUCUGCUUUGUGGUAUCUGGCUCCUUGGAAGUCAUCCAGGAUGAUGAAGUCGUUGCUAUUUUGGGCAAGGGCGAUGUGUUUGGAGACAUAUUUUGGAAGGAGACCACUCUCGCACCAUCCUGCGCUAACGUCAGAGCUCUAACCUACUGUGAUCUUCAUGUCAUUAAGAGAGAUGCCUUACAAAAAGUCCUAGACUUCUACACUGCCUUUUCACACUCCUUUUCCCGAAACCUGAUUCUGACCUACAACUUACGCAAAAGGAUAGUGUUCCGGAAGAUCAGUGAUGUGAAAAGAGAGGAAGAAGAGUGGAUGAAAAGUAAAAAUGAAGCACCAUUGAUCCUCCCACCCGACCACCCUGUCCGGCGACUCUUUCAGAGAUUCCGCCAGCAGAAAGAGGCCCGUCUUGCAGCUGAGAGGGGAAGGGAUCCCAAUGAUAUUGAGAAAGGCAACAUACUGGUGGAACAUUCCGUGCGCAACACCAUAAAAGCCAGCUUGGUUACAGUCACAGAAAGUCCUGCAACACCGACAUCAUUCCAGGCCGCGUCCACCUCCGGAGUGUCAGACCGUGCCAAACUACAUGCUCCAGUAUCUGAAACAGCUGGAAGUAAAGUGGCCGGGGAGUUGGUGAAAAGGAAAGGGUGGGCCAGGUUUAGAGAUGCAUGUGGGAAAGGGGAGGAUUGGAACAAAGUGGCUAAGGCAGAGUCUAUGGAAAUACUGCCUGACAGAACUAAACCCUCAGGGGAGGCUACCUUAAAGAAGACAGAUUCAUGUGACAGUGGCAUUACAAAAAGUGAUUUACGCUUAGACAGUGUUGGAGAGACUAGAAGCCCCCAGGACCGAAGUCCUGUACAGACAGAGGUUAAACACACUUUUUAUCCCAUUCCAGAACAGACUCUUCAAGCUACAGUGUUAGAGGUGAAGCUUGAGUUAAAAGAAGACAUUAAAGCCUUGAACUCAAAAAUGACCAAUAUUGAAAAACAGCUUGCUGAGAUUCUAAGAAUAUUGGCCUCAAGAAGAUGUUCACAGUCGCCCCAAGAAAUCUUUGAAAUAUCACGGCCCCAGUCUCCAGAGUCAGAGAGGGACAUAUUUGGAUCAAGCUAA